GAAAGAUUCUAGGAAGUUCCCUUCUUACUCUAGAUAUGAGCAAUCAGCAAGUGAUUUAUUCUACCCUGAAAUUUCUUCAGUCUCCUUCAGAGUCACCAAAUAGAUUGAGGCCAGAUGGGAAUCAAAAGUCUGGGAACACUGAUGGCAAAGGCUUUUCAGUGUCCUGGUAUUUUAUUGCAGUAAUUCUUGGGAUCCUGUGUUUACUACUAUUGGCGACAGUUGCUGUGUUGGGGACAAAGAUUUUUCAGUAUACUCAAGAAAACCGUCGACAGAGGGAAAUGAUAGGAAACCUGACUCGAGAGCACCACAUAUUGCAAAAUGACAGCUACUUAAAGGAGAAACUUUUGACAAAUAAGACUUUAGAAUAUAACAUUCUCAAAAAUGAAUUGCUUCAGCAAAAAAAGAAACAGGAUUUACUCUUUAUAAAUAGGACAUGUCAGAGAGAAAAUAAAGGCAAAUUCUAUGGAAACUGCUGGUCCUGUUAUGGAAUAAAGUGUUAUUAUUUUAUUCCUGAAAGUAAAAACUGGAACAGAUGUAAACAGACUUGCCAAAGUUAUAAUUCAUCCCUUUUGAAGAUAAAUGAUGAAGAUGAACUGGCCUUUAUUCAAUCCCAAACUUAUAGGAAUAACUACUGGAUUGGAUUAUCAUAUGAUGAUAGAGAACAAAAAUGGAAAUGGAUUAACACUGGCCCACCUUUUGGGAUUAACUAUACAUUCAUGAAUUCUUCUGGAAGAGGACAAUGUGCGUUUUUAAGCUCAACAAGAACAGCAACUAUUGAGUGCUCUAAGACCUACAGUUGUAUCUGUGAGGAGAGAAUUGAUGAUGUUUUCUCUGCCUGCUUCGAUAGGUACAAGAAGAAAAGGUACAAUGGAACCUGUCAUUUGUUUGUUUGUUUGUUUGUUUCUGUGAUAAUUUGUGAAUACUUACAAACUAAUGUUUUUGCUAGUAAGAAUUUACUGGGGAAACCGAGAUGA